CGUAACUCUACUACAUAGCACUGGCAGAUGCCGGUCAAAAUCCUCGACUCUAGUGUACAAAUCCCGACUUCCUGCUUGGAGCGGAUGCAUCAGCAUAGCAGUAUUCGCUGAUCCGUUUUCUGAGAAGUGCGCAAGAUAGAGCAGGCUUCCAUCACAUCGUUUCGUGAGCGAAACGCAACAGGCUCUAUCGUUGGAGACCUCGUAGGAAUUGCGGCGCCUUCUCCAAGCUUUUCGUUUCUCUGAUUCGUUCCACAUUUGGAAAUCUCACCGCUGGGGCAGGGGAAAAGAUGGCAGAAGACAAGCCUUUGGUGACGGUGUUCGGGGCGACAGGUUCUCAGGGCACGAGUGUCGUUAAGGCCCUGAUGAAGAGUGGCAAGUAUCGUGUGCGGGGCGUUUCAAGGCAGGACCCCAACUCUGAGAAGCUGAAGCCCCUGCGGGAGCUUGGAGCAGAGCCCUUCCAAGCCGACCAGAAGCACAAGGACCAGGUCGUAGCAGCAUGCAAGGGGGCAUACGCUGUCUACAGUGUGACGGACUUUUACGCCAUCGGACCUCACGAGCUGGAGUACGGUACCACAGUUGCUGAGGGUGCGAAGGAGGCGGGCGUGACGCACUUCGUCUGGAGCACCCUGGCAAACGUGGAAGAGCAGAGCGGUGGCAAGUACGAGGUGCCCCACUUCACGGACAAGGCCACGGUGGACCCGGUGGUCCGCAAGCAGCAGUUCAAGUACCACACGUUCGUGAUUCCUGCGUGGUACUACCAGAACUGGAGCAUGUUCCCGGGCCUCGUCAAGACCCGGCCGGACGGAACGGUCGCCUUCACGGUGCCGCUGGACGAGAACACGCGGCACACCGGGUACGACGUUGACGACACGGGGCCCGCGGUGCUGAACAUUCUGGAGCAUCCCGAGGAGUGGCACGACAAGCACGUCCCUCUGGCUGGCUACCACGCGCCCAUUAAGAAAUGGAUCGAGGACUUCACCAAGGUGACCGGCAAAAAGGCGGUGCUCGAGCGCGUUCCAGACGACAAAGCACCGAAUGAGGAGUGGGCGCAGAUGUUCGCGUGGUUCAGGGAGUUCUCAUACUACGGCGACUUCGACAUCACCGUUGGCCGCCGGGCCUAUCCCGGAAUGAAGGACUGGCCGGAGUGGUUGCGUGAGAGCGGGUGGAAGGGAGAGACCCCAAAGUCGAGCGAGGAAUGAAUGUAACGAUCAAAUGAGGAUUGUAAUUUGCCGAAUGCUCGAGUGCCCGAUUAGCGUCAGUACUAGUACAUAUCGUAGUCAGUUGACUGUUUCAAAGGGCUCCUAACAAAAGUGGUCUGGUUCAGGUUGAAUCUAACUUAGAUUCAGGGCCGCCUGAAGUCACGAAUAGAUAGUGUAUGUUGUACCUGGGUGGAGUGUAAUCUGCAAGUUCACCUGCAUCGGAGUAUCGAUUUAAGACUUUUAAGGUGUACAAUAGAGACUUCCUGGCUUUGAGAAAAUGGAUUUUGCAGGAGCACCAAGAAGUCUCGAAACAACAGUUGGCCAGCAAAGGCCGCCUCUUAGUGGCGAUGCAUGAUGUCGAACCAUAAGCCUGUGG